AUGCCCACCAAUCCACAAGAGGAGGCCCUCACUCCACUGAUCCAAAGGUGGCUGGAGUGGGACCAGGAUCCAUCCACCCGUGCCGAAAUUGAACAGCUUCGGGACUCCGGGGACUGGGCUGAACUGGCCCUGCGCUUGCAAAAACGCAUCCAAUUCGGCACUGCGGGCUUGCGGGGACGGAUGGCAGCAGGUUUCUCUUGUAUGAACUCCCUGACCGUCAUUCAGGCCUCCCAAGGCUUAGCAAAGUACCUGAAAACCCGCCACGGCGACAUCGCAUCUUACGGUGUGGUCAUCGGCCACGAUGCGCGGUAUCACUCGGAUAAGUUCGCCGCAUUGGCUGCCAAUGCCUUCAUCGCACAGCAGAUCCCGGUCUGGUUCUAUUCGGAGUCCUCGGUUACUCCAACCGUCCCUUUCGGUGUAACCCAUCUGCACGCUGCUGCAGGCAUUAUGGUUACCGCAAGCCAUAAUCCAGCGCAGGACAAUGGCUACAAAGUCUAUUUCAAGAAUGGUGCCCAAAUUAAUAGUCCGAUGGACGUGGAGAUAGCCCAAUCCAUCGAAGAGAAUCAAGUCCCAUGGCCUACUGCCUGGGAUGAGCUGCAACCAAGCGAAUAUCUGCGCGACAAGAUUUACGAGAGUAUCCUGCCCCAUUACAACACGGCAGUUUGGCAGUACGCUACUUAUACCGUUCGGGAAUGGAAACAGCCGCAGCCGUUCGUCUACACGCCCUUGCACGGAGUAGGUGGCUUGGUGUUUCCUGGGUUGUGUCGUUCCGUCGGCAUAAGUGAUUUCACCGUCGUGCCAGAGCAAGCGGAGCCAAACCCAGACUUUCCCACAGUUGCCUUCCCAAAUCCGGAAGAGCCCGGUGCUCUAGACCUGGCUUUGCAACUUGCGGACAAGGAGGGGAGACCUCUGGUGAUUGCCCAUGAUCCAGACGCCGAUCGGUUUGCUGCGGCUGAGAAAGUGGACGGAUCAUGGUUUAUUUACACUGGAAAUCAUUUGGGUGUUCUCCUGGCGUCACACCUGUUUGACUCCUUAGAAACCAUAGACAGUGACACACGAGUUGCAGUCUUGAACUCCGCCGUUUCGUCUAGCAUGCUGGAGAAGAUGGCCAAAGCGAAGGGUAUGCACUAUGAGGAGUCUCUCACGGGCUUUAAGUGGAUGGGAAACACAGCCCGUAGACUCGAGGAGCUGGGCUACUAUGUUCCGUUUGCCUAUGAGGAGGCUCUUGGGUACAUGUUUCCCGAGGUGUCCUACGACAAGGAUGGCAUCUCCGCGGCGAUGGUGUUCCUCCUGGCCGAGGCAAAAUGGAAGGCCGAGGGCAUGACACCCUAUAUGAAAUUGCAACAGCUGUUCAAAGAGCAUGGACAUCACGAAACACUCAACACUUACUUCCGGUCCCCAAGCCCUGAGGUUACAGCGAGCUUGUUCGAUGCAAUCAGAGCCGGUCCCUUCCGGACUGAAAAAUCGCUUGGGUCGUUCAAAAUCCACCGCUGGCGAGACAUGACACAAGGAUAUGACUCUGGCACGCAGGACCACAAACCCAAGCUCCCGAUUGACCAGAACAGUCAGAUGUUGACUUUAUGGCUUGAUCGUGAAGUUCGAUUCACGUUCCGGUCUUCUGGCACUGAGCCGAAAGUGAAGAUCUACAUCGAGAGCUCUGGCACUUCACGCGACGAGACCGUGAGAGCUGUCAGCGACACUUUCCUGGCUGUGCUGAAAGAAUGGGUCCAGCCCUUUGCCCCGUCGAUGACCUAUAGCAAAGAGCUACCUACGUCCUCUGGGCAUAUCUACAGGUUGGAGUAA